CACUUUCCCUUCGCUGUGCUGCUGUUGUGUUUUGUCAGAAUUAAUGAGAAAAGUUCCCGUGCCCAAGGGGUAAUUAGUGUCCUUGGAGUUAAAUAAGCUAAUACUUAGACACCUCUGGCACAAACAAUUAUGUUUGUGUAUUGAAUAAUUGAUUCAAAGAGGGGGGGAAGGGCUUGCUAAUCAGAUCUGGGCAUAAUGAAUUGAUUUAAUUAACAGGGGAAUCCGCGGGUCUCCGGUAACUGCGCGCAUUUAUUCAGCGGCGGAGGAGAGCACAGCACAUAAAUUGCAAGAGAUGCUAGCGAGAGAGUAUGCUUUUAGCACUUGUCAGGUCUGACAUCGGAUUUUUGAAUACAGUCGCACUUCUGGAGCAAAUUAAAGCGGAAGAAACACUUUGUUGGGAAGAAAGCUUUCCGGUCAAAAGCAAUCUGCUUCUGAUCCGCUGAACACAGUAACGCGCCACGAGCAAAUCGAAUGAAUUUAUUAAUAUUAUUUUUUUCAUUCUUUAUUUUCAACGCAAGAAGAUGCUGGCGGAACAACGUUGUUUUGAUAUUGUAAAUUGCCGUUUAAUUUGUGUCCUAGGAAGCUUAUUUUGAGAGCAAAGGAACAGGCACGAACUGAGCAAGGGAAGCGAAUUUUAAGACAUUUAGUAAGAAAAUAAGUCAACCUACAUUCAUUGUGCAUGGGUUCCUCUAUUGAAUAACCACACAGUUCAGCUUGCAACAGAGCGAUUUGGUUAUCAUCGCAAGGUAUUUUCGAAAGAAAGUAGUAGAGCGGGUGGUGAAAGCUGCUGGAGCCGAGAACGGAUCGCCCAGAGCCGGACUCCUCGUUCUUUGGGACGAUGGUGCUGGACAAGGAAGAAGCAGGGGUGCCCAUGCUGUCGCUGCAGCCCAAGGGGAAGCAGAAGGGGUGCGCCGGCUGCAACCGAAAGAUCAAAGACCGCUACCUGCUCAAGGCGCUGGACAAGUACUGGCACGAGGACUGCCUCAAGUGCGCCUGCUGCGACUGCCGCCUGGGCGAGGUGGGCUCCACCCUCUACACCAAGGCCAACCUCAUCCUCUGCCGCAGGGACUACCUGAGGCUCUUUGGUACGACGGGUAACUGCGCAGCCUGCAGUAAACUGAUCCCAGCCUUUGAAAUGGUGAUGAGAGCCAGAGAUAAUGUUUACCACUUGGACUGCUUUGCCUGCCAGCUUUGUAACCAGAGGUUCUGCGUCGGGGACAAGUUUUUCCUCAAGAACAACAUGAUUCUGUGUCAGAUGGACUAUGAGGAGGGCCAGCUGAACGGCAGCUUUGACACGCAGGUCCAAUAGCGCGCGCUCCCACCGGACCGGCGUCUCACCGCACCGAGCCAAGGGCGCCCGGCCGUCUGCCUGCAAUACUUUUUAACCCUUUACCUGCCCCCUCACGGUACCUGGACUCUUAUUUUUGGCAGUUCCACGUUUCUAAUGUACAGUUGUGCCUGCUUAGCUGAACACUGUUGCUGUAUGUUUGUGAUGUUU